AUGAAGCUCUUGCGAGUCGCUACGGCGGCCCUGUUAGCUCUCAUAAGGCACACAGAUGCGGUUUCAACUUUUGAACCGGCAAGGCCUCCUGCUGCUCCCCUAGCCGUGCGAGCACCUUAUCUAAAUGUCUGGCUCAAUGGCCAGACGGAUGGGCGACCGAGUGGUUAUCUCGCUGGCGAGUGGCCCAGAUUCUGGACGCAAGGAUUCCAGGCAUGGCAAGGAUUCAUCAUGGUGGACGGCAAGGCUUACAACUGGAUGGGAGGAGCCCCUGGCGCAGACAACGUUGACCAGCAGUCACUCAAGUAUACAUCAACUCGGACGACCUUUACCAUGAAUGCAGGAGGCCAAGUUCAAUUAGUUGCCGAGUUCUUCUCUCCAGUCUUCCCUGACGACUUGAGAAGACAGUCCAUCCCAUUCUCAUAUCUGAAGAUCUCCGUGGUAUCCCUAGACGGGCGUUCACACCAUGUUCAAAUCUACGCUGACGUGUCAGGAGAAUGGGCAUCUGGUGAUAGCUCACAAACAAUUCAGUGGGAGCACCAGGCUGGCGGCGGAAUCCGUUCUCACAAAUUCUAUCGCCAAAAUCAAGAAAAGUUUGGGGAAGCCAAUGAUCAAGCCUCCUGGGGCAACUGGUAUUGGUCGACAGGGGACAUUAGAGGCGUAACAUAUCAAAUUGGCCAGGACACAGCUGUCCGCGGCCAAUUUCUGUCCAACGGCACGCUUACCGGUCAUAUCGACACGGAUUACCGUGCGGUGAAUGAUCGAUGGCCCGUCUUUGCUUUUGCGCGCGAUCUCGGUGCAGUUGGAAGAAGCGGUUCUCCAUCUACUCUCUUUACCAUUGGCAUUGCCCAAGAGGAAGCCAUCUUGUUCCAGGGUCGAGGCGAUUCGCCUCAAGAGGUUCCUUCGCUCUGGACAAAUUACUUUGAUGAGGAGGAGCUGGCUCCGUUCUUCUACAAGGACUAUACCUACGCCAGCCAGUAUGCUACCAGACUGGACAAUCGCAUCGCGACUGACUCGAUCGCGGCCGGCGGCCAGGACUAUCUCACCAUUACGAGUCUGGCUGUCCGACAAGCCUUUGGUGCUCUCCAGUAUACGGGCACCGAGGACAACGUCAGAGUGUUUCUCAAGGAGAUCAGCUCCAACAGUGACAUCCAAACGGUGGACGUCAUUUUUCCCACUUGGCCCAUCAUGCUGUAUCUGGAUCCCAAUCUCAUCAAGUACACCUUAUCGCCCCUCCUCGAGAACCAGGAAAGCGGCCAGUACCCUAAUAAAUACGCGAUACACGACCUUGGCAGGUUCCCGCAAGCUUUGGGCUAUCCUGGCGGCAAUGACGAGGCCAUGCCCCUGGAGGAAUGCGGCAACAUGAUUAUCAUGAUGCUGUCGUACGCUCAGAAGACGGGCGACGUCGAUUAUCUCAGACAACACUGGACGUUGAUGGCGCAGUGGGCAGAGUAUCUGAUUGAAGAUGCCAAAAUCCCGGCAAACCAGCUGUCGACAGACGACUUCGCAGGUCAUCUUGCGAACCAAACCAACCUCGCCAUCAAGGGCAUAAUUGCACUGGAGGCCAUGUCUCGCAUAGCUACACUUACUGGCCACAAUGUCAUAGCUGGGAACUACUCGUCAAUCGCCAAAGACUACCUCGGUUUCUGGUCCCGUCACGGCAUCAACCGCGCUGCGGUGCCAAACCACAGCGUGCUCCAGUAUGAUUCGGCCGCCACAUACGGUCUCCUGUAUAACAUCUAUCCAGACAAGGCACUUGGACUCAAGUUCAUCCCGCAGUCCGUCUACGACAUGCAGAGCGACUUCUACCUGGCCAAGGCCAACAAAUACGGAGUGAUCCUCGACACACGCGGCACGCUAACCAAGACUGACUGGGAGAUGUUUGCAGCGGCCGUGGCUGGGCCGCGCACAAAGGCCAUGUUCAUCUCCCUGAUUGCCAAGUGGAUCAACGAGACGCCGACGUGGCGGGCCUUUACCGAUCUGUAUGACACGAACACGGGAGGAUAUCCCGGUAACCAGUUUACGGCCCGGCCGGUGGUGGGCGGUGUGUUUUCUGUGCUGGCGCUGCAGUGA